AAACCCUACCUACUCCCACACCCCUCUCCGCCCGCCCGCUGAUACCCUACAAAAACAAUGCAUAAUUAUUAUGAAACAGGAUGGUGGAGCUCCUCCUACAACUACCCUGCAAAACGCAGCGUUGGUACCGACCCAUUUGAGCGCAUAGAGAGAAUGGCUUCAGCAAGUGCGGUGGUGAUGUUCAGCAUGAGCACCUGCUGCAUGUGUCAUGCCCUCAAGCGCCUCUUCUGCGGCAUGGGCGUCAACCCCACGGUCUACGAGGUUGAUGAAGACCCCAGAGGGAAUGAAUUAGAGCGUGCAUUGAAGCGGCUCUCUGGUGGCACCUCCGCCGUCCCGCUGGUCUUUAUCGGCGGUAAGCUGGUGGGUGCAAUGGAUAGUGUUAUGGCGUCUCAUAUCAGCGGCACACUUGUGCCACUUCUCAAGGAAGCUGGGGCCCUUUGGCUUUGAUCCAUCCAUUUCUAAUUAAUUACUUUUUCAUAUUUCUCUGUUACGUUGCCCCUCUCUCUUUCUCUUUCUCCCUUUAAGGAAAAACAAAAACCAAAAAAAGCAUUCUUUCUUAGUUUUCUGGUACGUCUUUGUAGAGCAAGAAACAACAAGGUAUGUAUUUAAUUUGUUGAUGAAUAUGAUGAUCCGCGCAGAGCUGGAAAUUAAGAUC